CGCUUCCGCGCCCGCUGCCGCAGCCCUGCCCCCGCCGCCUGCGCGGCCGGCCCGGCCCGGCGGAGAGGCGGGGGGAUUUCCAAGCGCCGGCGGCCUCGCCGCUUCCUCUCCUUGUUUUGCUUUCGAUCUGGACCUUUCUCCGCCCGGGCGGAGGCAGUUAACUUUUAGUUUUGCUCCCGCGAUUAUUCAGAGCCUGUUUUCAUUUCCAUUUCGCGUCCCCUGGCAACGGCGGUAACCUUGAGGAAUUAUAUAAGGGCCGCGAAAACGGGCCAGCAAGCUUGGACACAGGAAUCCAGGAGAAAAUUCAGCUGCACGUGGCAUGUUGUUUCACCAAAGAUCAAAGGUGACAAGAAUAGCAGAGCAGAGCAGUUAAGAAUGAUGCAGAGAACACAGAUGUGAAGAACAAAGGAGAGAGGAAGGAGCUGAGCCCGGUGCAGAGGGGGAAAGGAGAAGAAGCAGCCUAAAUGCAAGUACUUGACCAUGGCAGUGAUGGGUUGCAGGCUGCUUAACAGGAGUUUAAUGCGGUGCUUUAAUCUGCGUCUAGUUCCGGCUGUCACUUUCAGAGCGAUGCCUGAGAUAGCUCCUUCCUGGGUGGGUGAAAAUGCCUGUCGAAAGGAUGCGGAUGCGCCCCUGGCUGGAAGAGCAGAUCAACUCGAACACGAUACCGGGGCUGAAAUGGCUAAAUAAGGAGAAGAAGAUUUUUCAGAUUCCCUGGAUGCAUGCUGCAAGACAUGGGUGGGAUGUUGAAAAAGAUGCUCCCUUAUUUAGAAACUGGGCAAUUCAUACAGGAAAAUACCAGUCAGGAGUAGAUAAACCAGAUCCAAAGACGUGGAAGGCAAACUUCCGUUGUGCUAUGAACUCUCUGCCUGACAUAGAAGAAGUGAAGGACAAAAGUAUAAAGAAAGGAAACAAUGCCUUCAGGGUGUAUCGGAUGCUGCCAUUGUCUGAAAGACCUUCCAAAAAAGGAAAAAAACCGAAGUCUGAGAAGGAUGACAAGUUCAAACAAAUUAAGCAAGAGCCAGUUGAAUCAUCUUUUGGGAUUAAUGGGCUAAAUGAUGUCACUUCUGACUAUUUCCUGUCCUCCAGUAUAAAAAAUGAAGUUGACAGUACAGUGAACUUUGUAGUUGUAGGACAGCCGCACCUUGAUGGCAGCAGUGAGGAGCAGGUGAUAGUUGCCAAUCCUCCUGAUGUGUGCCAGGUGGUAGAGGUGACAACAGAAAGCGACGAACAGCCCCUCAGCAUGAGCCAGCUGUACCCCCUACAGAUCUCCCCUGUCUCGUCCUAUGCAGAAAGUGAAACAACCGACAGCGUUCCAAGCGAUGAAGAAAAUGCAGAGGGACGACUUCAUUGGCAAAAGAAAAACAUUGAAGGCAAACAGUAUCUCAGCAAUCUGGGAGUGAGGAACACUUCUCAUAUGCUUCCCAGCAUGGCAACUUUUGUAGCCAACAAGCCUGACCUCCAAGUCACCAUCAAAGAGGAAAGCUGCCCACUGCCUUACAACAGCUCCUGGCCCCCUUUCUCAGACAUCCCCCUGCCACAAGUAGUGUCCACAGCCUCCACAAGCAGCAGCCGGCCAGACCGUGAGACACGGGCCAGCGUCAUCAAGAAAACGUCAGACAUCACCCAGUCGAGAGUUAAGAGCUGCUAAGCCUUUGAUGGUGUGUUUUUUUUUUUUUUUAGCUUUGUUUUGUUUGGUUUUGUAUUUUACGUUUCUCUAGGAGAGGUUCAUCCCUUGACGCACAUGAGACAAAUCUAAGGUGAAGCUUUGGCAAUAUUAAACAUUGCUGUGUCCGACUCCAGUGCCGGAGUGUUUUUAACUCAGGACUCCAGCUGUCAGUAUGUACACCUGAACCCAGGCGGAUUUCCAAGGUUGCCACCUAGGAAAACAAGAACUUUGGCCCCCUUGCAGGUUCCAGUGUUUCAUAAGAGGACCAACCGACCACAAGGGAAGUGGUGCUGCUGCGCUUCUUGCUGUCAAGGCUGUGAUGGAACUGAAAGCCUCAGAAUGGAAGAGAAAAUGUGAACUAGCUGGAAUAUUUUUAAAUAAAGAAAAAUCUAUUGUGAAUAUUGUACAUAGUGCAGUACUAGCAACGUUGCAGUCUGCUUCUGCACCUUAUUAAGAAAGCACUUACGAAAGGCCUUUUAUUACCUUGCUCUACUUAAUGGCACAUUGAAGGUCCCUCCCCACCUGAAUUCUUUUCCAAGGCUAUUCUUGCUAAAGUGUCUUUAAAGAAUAGAGGAAAGGAAAGGAAGUUAAAACUUCCCAUGUGGAUUUCAUAUGUUUUAAGACUGCUUUUCUCAUGUUUGUUUCUAAUCUGCUAUGCUUGAAUGCCGCGUGGUACAAUAGGAAAAAAAAAGAAACCUAUUACAGAGAUAUUAUGCAAAUUCCCAGAUUUAAAAAAGAAGAAGAAAAAUACUCUAAUUCUAACCAGAGCAAGCUUUUUUAUUUUUUAUACAGGGGAAUAUUUUAUUCAAAGUAAAAUUCUAAAGUGAAUAUAAUUUUUUUUAAUCUUUUCUACAGCAAAUUUAUAAUUUUAAGAUUCAGUCCUUGGUUAUCAGCAGUUAUUACAUCCUUGUGGCACAUUUUUUUUUAAUUUUGUAAAGGUGAAAUAGCUUUUAUGAGCUCAUGUAGCAAUCAGAUUAUCCUGUGGAUUGAUAAUAAAUAUGGUAUAUAGUUAAAUUUUUAAUAA